GUGGGAAAGGGCCAGGUUUCUGUUAUGGGCUGAUAGAUCAAAAUAAAAGCUGUAACGUUUUUCAUAGUUCAGCCUGUGUUAAGGCUGGUGGAGGUAGCCAAAUGAAGCAGUUACCAUUCUAGCACUAGGAAAUCCACCUGUCUCCUGGCUGAUUUAGCCCAGUCUGAACUGUCAUGAGGAAGUACAGCUCCCUACAGGAUGAGGGAUUUUUAAUUUCUGUUAUUGCAGUCUAACCCUUUGGACAGGCAACUCUCCCAUGUCCAACGGUGAAAGGAGUCCAUCUGCUGAGGCUGUCAGCACCUGCUUUGGCAGCACGCCGAACUCUCUUCUCUGCCAGCCUGGUUUCCUUAUUGCUGUUCCAAGCACUGUUAUUAGUGGAGGAAGCAGACUGGUGUAGGAGCGUGGCCGCUUCCAGUAGUAUUGACCAGGGGAGGAGCUCAGGUUCUCCUUACAAUUUCUGCAGCAUGAGGAAAAUGAGUCUUAUGCUCUUAGUUUUUCCCAUCAUAGCUGUCAAAAGCAGUCAGUCCUGAGGUGACUGAUAGCCAGCUUCGUAAAUGGCUGUUGGAGCCUCGAGUGAGAAUGACCAUUUGCUAUGAGAUGUGCAGACAGCAAUGACUGUACCACUAUUUAUGAUUUUUAUUUUGUUUUGUGUAAGUUUUACAUAAAGAGCUCUUGGUCCUGUGGAAGUGUCUCAUGAGUAUUCUGUAAUAGGUGGUUGCUGAGCUCCUCUGCCAAAUGAAUAGGCUGUGAUGGGCAGAGCUUGAAGGAACCUGGGUGCCAUUAGUUCUGUCAGCUUGUGGCAGAGCUCAGCAUUCUGCAGGAGUUUGGAUGCAGUUGGCAAGAUGGGGAGGCACUUCCCCUCUGCUGCAGAGAGAGGUGGAACAGAGGCAGGAAGAAGUAUAACUUAUUUGCAGAUAGAGAGCUGUUGUUUCAAGUGCACUGCAUUUUUGUCAUGGCACCUUUUAGGAAAAGUCUCUCUUCUGCUUUUUUUCACCUGAUUCUUGCUGUACAUUCCAAAAAGCAUGGUGUGUUUCUCUAGUACGUUCUAAAGAAAUGCUAGGAAAUGGUUCAAAUGCCCAAAUUCCGUCAGAUUUCAGAGGUUAAUAUCAUCUGGGUCUCUGAAAACUGACUCCCAAAACUUUAAUCGCGGUUUGCAUAGAAAGGUUUGGCCAUCCAGAACUUCUGCAAGCAGCAAAGCAGAACAUAAGACACUCAGCAAAUUCAGCCAAAUCCCCUUGUGGAAAUACUGUCUUGUUUUCUUAAUUAUGGCUGCUCUGGCCUCUGAGACCCUUGAACUGCUCAUCCUCUUUUGAAACACUGCUUAGGAAAAUAGGUCAUCUCUGGCCGUGCGUUUUGUUUGAUUGGUUCGUAGGACCCGAAGAUGUUAUCUGUUCCUGGAUAGCUGUUUCCUCAUGCUCUCAUGGGUUUGCAUACUGGAGAAUAAGGAAGUUCCUGUAAUUCCAAGUGAUUGCUUUCAUCUGGAUUUCACACCCACUGCUUCCUCCCUUGUGUCUAAAACAAAUGGGAUAUUAAUUUGUCUAAUUGGGUAGUGUGCUCCAGGCAACAUAAGGUUUUUCAGAGUAAGACUUGGUAAGGCAACGAUUUUUUAAAAUUACAUGUGUUGAGUUUGUGGCCACUUCUGUGGAAAAUGGCAUUUUUGUCACUUCAGGAUAUGCUAAAUUAACUUAACCCACCACACUUGUGUAUACAAUAAGUGAUUAGCAAAGCUGUAGAAAGCUCUAAAGAAUGGAAAACUAAAAUUCUGGGAAAAUAUCAAGUCUAGGCCAUAUGGUAUUAGAGGGGGAAUUUUCCUGGGGAACAAGCUGUGGUAUUACUGUCUGCUCUGCUGCUUUCAUUUCUGAAAGAUGUAGUGCGAGCUGCUGCAGGAGUAGCACAAGCAAACCACAUAAACCACACAUCUAAUUCAGCAAAGGAAUUUCUGUAGUAAGAUAGGGAAGCAGCCAUGUUCAUGGUAGUUGUGCAGAGCUUACUGUGACUUCUGUUUUACUGACUUGUUUGUUGGCUUCAGAGGUCUGUAGUCAGACUCAAUGGUCCUUCUGGGUCCCUUUCAACUCAGGAUGUUCUGUGGUCUGGUGGCAGCCCGCACGGCGUGGCAGAGCUUAUGUUAGACUUGCUGGGUGGGAUUUGCUGGUAGUGAAGUUCUGCAUCUCCAGAUUUUUGCUUCUUUACUGAGUCAGGGCCAGCGUUACUAUUUGUGUCCUUCAGCCUUUCCUGAAAAGACCACUUGGCCAAAGAACUCGUUUCCAAGGAAGAUUCUCCUUCAGUGCUUCCCACAAUACUUUUACAGAUCUUUUAUCAAGCAAUGUAACCAUGUAACUGCAUUCCUGUGAAGCACUGAACAACCACUUAACAGAUUACAUUGUGUCUUUGCAAGUGCUGGGUGGUUUUUUUGGUUGUUUUGUUUGUUUUUCAGCUGUUCAAUGCAAUUAAUAAUAGACUUUAAGAGCGAUGUUAUUCUUAAAUGUAAUUAAUCACCAGACAGUUCACAAACAGCCACAGAGAUCUCAACCAUCAAGAGUUUCCAGUGCUUGCAGUUUCUUUCCCCAGAGAAUGGGAAACGCUGGCCUUCCCUCUGUGCCCAGCUGGCCAGUUGGGCUGCUUUGAGGGGAAAAGAUGCAUGCAAAUGGCUGUUCAACUGCUUGUCCUCUAAAAUAGAUUCCUCUCUGGAGUUUGCCUGAGAGACCUCCAGACAGGUAAGGAUAAGAGGUUCGUUUCAAGGAACAAAGCAUUCCCAGCAGUUCCCUGAGCAGGUAGUUUGCCUUCUGCCCUGUUCUGAACUGUUCUGUAGGUCGGGAACCACUUCUCUUUGAAUCCUGACCAAGGAGGUCAGUUUGAUACAGAGAGGAAGGGAGGAAGGACAGAAGGAGCCAGGGUGACAGACCACAAGUGUGUUUGUGCAUACAAGGUUACACACAAUGUUGCUACUUUUUAGAAAAGUAAACCAAGACUUGUAGCUUCCCUUCUUCUCACCUACUUUGUUUUCAACAAGCUUUUCAGUUCUGCUUUAUUCUGUGUAGGGGGGGAGGAGUAUCUGUAGGAAUAAGGGUGGCAAUUCUUAACAGAUAGAUAGUCUUCCCCUGGGUUUGAUUUGCUGGUUCUAAUGACCAGAAUAAUUUGUCACUGACUCACUUGCUGCUAAUAGUUCUGUGCCAUCAGUGCAGCUUGAGGAUGGGAAACGUGCUGCUGUUCAGAGCUGGGUUUUGGGUUCCAGUCUCCUGUUACCCAGGAACGUACACAGGUGCAGUAGUGGGGAUCCACACAUCUUCCCUUCGUGACAGGUCUACUUUUGACAGAAGAAUUUUGCCUUUAGAGGGCCAUUUGAAUGAUAUUAUAGAACAGGAAGCAGCAGGUUCCCCAUGACAAAUUGCUUUAUAUCACUAAUGAAACUCUGAGAAAAUGUUAGACAACUCUUACUAUGGUAGAGAUCUUCACAUGGUAGUGGGUGUGAACCUGGCCUCUACCUUCCUGCGGGCAGGUGAUGUCACAUGGACUGUUCAUGAGAGUGUCUUUUCUGAUGGGUGCAUGAAUUGCUUUCUUUAAUGUCAUUCCCAAUAACUUCAUAAAGCAUCUCCUGCUGACACCAUCUCCUUCAAAGCCCAGGGAGCUGCUGGAUGAAGGACCUCCUGUGACUGUUUAUAUUUGCUUUCACUGCCACUGGCUCCUUGUGUCAUCCAGGACAGAGGAUUAAUCUCUCUGAUCCCUCUAUUUCUAGUUGUAAAAGCACAGUGUGCUAUUGAGGAUGAUUCACUAUUAGGCCAAUCCUUGUUAUAAUCUCUUGUAACUGCAAAUGCAUUGGUCAGAAGAGGAAGGCUAAUGAAAAAUGUGGCAUAUUUGUGUUAUAUAAUAUGGGAAGAUGGAUGGAUGGAAUGGAACAUGAAGUCAUGAAGCCCUGUAGAGCUCUGCUGUGCUUUCAUACCAUGGACCAUGUUAUAGCAUGGGGUUCUUGCAGAUGCCUCAUCUUGCCCUCUGAGUGUCGUUUUGUGCCUUUCUCUCUAUCAUGGUUGCCUUCAGCAAACUGCUCUUAGGGGACUUAUGCUGAACAGCUCGAUGAACUCUGUUAUGAUAGAUAGAAAGUGAAAGUUGGUGGUAGCUUUUCAGUUCUUAAUGAGUCCAGUAAAGCCUGACAUUUCAGAGCAGUGUGAGAAGCAUGAGGUUGUAGUUUACAGUAUAUUAUAACAGUACAGAAUAUAUAUGGGAGCAGCCUGGGAGGGUUAUCAGAAGUUUUUGAUUUUUCCUUCCUUUCUGUUAAGUGAAAUGAGUUUUCCCUGUAGAUCUGCAUCCAAAGUGUUGUCCAUUUGAGUGUGAUUAUCGUCAUCAUAGCUUCGGGGUCAUUUUCCUAUAGAGCCUGCCUGCCAAAUCUCAGUUGGAGGUGCCAGGACUAGAAAGAACACUUGCUGUCAGUGGUUUUCCUCUAGCUCUGUCCGUAAUCAGUCAUUUAUAUUCAAACUGUUUCAGUGUAAGAAGUGUGUAUAUAUGUAUGUGCUUUCAUACACAUAAGUAAUAUAUAAUAAAACAAGUAGACUACAAGCUUGCAGAGGAACUGCUGAUCUUUGAUACUGAAAAUAAACUCUCAGAGAGAGGAUUUUAUUGUUCCAAGCAGCAUAAAUGCAUGCACAACUAGAUGGUGUCUUGCUGCAAAGAGAACAUAAGUCUGCACAGCUCUCUUAAGGAAGAAGGAAGUUCACUUUGCAGCUAAGGGUUUGUCACAAGAGACAGGAAAUCUGAGUCUUGUUCCUGCUUUCAGCCUAUAUUUUCUGGUUCAGGCCACCUCACCUUGCCUACCGUGCAUCUCUCCCAGCUCAGGUAUCAUCUGGCCCACCUACUGUAAUGCUCUUGGGGUUUUUUUUGAUGACUGGUUUAUAGCCCACUUCUUGGUAGGAAAUGUGCUUAUGCAAUCGCAUGCUAGUAACUUCUGAACCUGAUAGCCAAAUGUCAGAUAUUUGCUGAAACAGCAGGCAUCACAGGAGGAAGGGAAAAUAAGCUGCAAUGUCACAGCCAAAGGCUGCAGCCUCACCCUGCACAGAAGCUCACGGAGAUAGCACUUUUUUGAGACAAAAGACAGUCCACAUAAGUGGGUGACACUUGGCAUGCUGCAGCCACAGGACAACCAGAGUACAAGCUAUAAGCGUGCCAAUUCUUCUGCCCGUUGGAUAGCUGCCUUUCUUUGCAAGGUGCAAGGCCUGACAAUGGCACUGAAUGAGUACUGCCUUCAAGCCUCCUUCCUGUAAGUGAUAGGACCAAACAAGGCGGUGUGAUGAACAUGCCACUGCAUCAAAUCUCUGUCAUUCCAGCUCAGGAUGUUACCUCUUCCAGAGUCUCCAGGAGCAAGACCAAAGAAAAAGAAGAACAGGCAAAUGUAGGGCAGUCAGCAGCUCUGCUUACACGGCUCCGUCUCUUUAGGCUGGCUAACAGGAGUCAUGCAACCAAGGGAAGCUACGCUGGAGAUACGUGCAUGCAUUCGUGCUGGAAAAUGAAGCUUCAGAAUGAGAAGGCUUUGGGGCAUUCUGUGAGCCGCUCUAGUAACAUCUCAAAGGCUGGAAGUCCAACCUCUAUCACAGCUCCCCAUGGCUUCUCUCGGACUUCUGUUACGCCAUCCAACCAGGACAUCUGCAGUUCCAGUGCAGUGUUUUCUGAAUGUUGUCAUCACAGUCCAGUGCAGUCUGCUGUUGUCUUGAAAAAUCCUCACUGCCAGAGUUCUCUGACACAAGGGGUCACUGUGACAGUAAUCUGUCAGGACACGUUACAUGCAGCAAAGAGAAACUCCCAUGGGCAGGAUCGGGGCCAGGCGCUCAGGGCUGCUAAGAAUGUAAAGCCCACCCGCACUCUGAAAUUCUCCAAGUCCCUCAAUGACGUGGACCAGAAGGCACAGAGCACCGGUGAGUGCUUUGACUACGUGGAGCGAACAUGCUCGGAAGGCAAAUUGACCCCGACUCAAGAGCAGUGUUUGAGGAUUAACAAAUUUCAUCUUAAAGAGAGGAAAUCGCUGAAUCUCAGGCCUCUUUCUUUUAGCAAUUCUAAACACUCCUACAUCCCUUCCCUUUCCAACUAUUCGAGUGCAUCAGGAGGAGCAGAAAACCGCAGCGCUGUACAUAUCCCCUUGCUGGAGGACAGAGUGGACCAUGACACCUCAAGAAGCAAAAAACUGUUGCGUUACCUUUUUUCCUUCUCCCACACCUCCAGCACCAGCAGUCUGCAUAAGUUCCACGAACUGGAAAGCUAUUCCAGUCACUUCCAAGCUGAGAAAUCCUCCAGCAUGCUGGUGGAAAGCACAGACUUCUGCUCUGAGGACAUGGGAGAUGAUGACGUCUUUGAGGACAGCACCUCAAUGAAACUGAGAACAAAAGAGCAGCGGGCACCACUCUGUUCGGUUGAGAAGGACAGUGACCUUGACUGCCCUUCUCCCCUCUCAGAAAAAUUCCCCCCUCUCUCCCCGGUGUCUGCAUCGGGGGAUACCUGCAGGAUAUGUCACUGUGAAGGAGAUGAUGAGAGCCCUUUGAUUACCCCCUGUCACUGCACGGGAAGUCUUCAUUUUGUGCACCAAGCCUGCUUGCAGCAGUGGAUCAAGAGCUCAGAUACACGAUGCUGCGAACUCUGCAAGUAUGAGUUCAUCAUGGAGACAAAGCUGAAGCCUUUGCGAAAGUGGGAGAAGCUGCAGAUGACAGCCAGCGAGAGGAGGAAGAUCAUGUGCUCUGUAACAUUCCAUAUCAUUGCCAUCACCUGCGUUGUGUGGUCUCUGUAUGUCCUCAUAGACAGGACUGCUGAAGAGAUUAAACAGGGACAGACUACUGGGAUUCUAGAAUGGCCAUUUUGGACUAAGCUGGUUGUUGUGGCUAUUGGUUUCACUGGAGGACUUCUGUUCAUGUAUGUACAAUGCAAAGUGUACGUACAGCUGUGGAAGAGACUUAAAGCUUAUAACCGAGUAAUAUAUGUACAAAACUGUCCAGAAACUAGUAAAAAGAACAUUUUUGAAAAACCUGCACUAAUGGAGCCAAACUUUGAAAGUAAAGAAAUGCUUGGGGUUCACCAUUCAGAUACAAACUCUUCACAUUACACAGAGCCAGAAGACUGUGCUGCAGAAAUCCUUCACGUCUGAUUACUGGGUGGGAGGAGUAAUUCUGUAUGUCCUUGAAGAUUUAAAAUAUCGUUGUUUACUGCAAGCUGCUCUACCUUUUUAAAAUCGGCUAACAGCUGAGGGCUGGCGGAUGACUUUUUUUACAUUUGUGUUUUGUUGGAAUUUUUUAAAAUCCCUUCAGCAUAUCUAUUAAUGUUAUCAUGGUUGUGUACCUCUCAACAUUGUCUCACAUGCUGACUGAUCAAAGAGCCACAGGUAGCUGGGUAGAAUGAGCCUCGGUUGUGGUAUCAAGCAAGCCACUGGUGGACUGUCAUCAACUGCAUAUGGAGUCUGUUACUUUAGAAUAUGACUCUAAAUGAUUGUGGAAGGCAUGUAGAGUAUGGUUUGGUUGGGUUUUUUUUGUUUGUUUGUUUGUUUUUCUUAAGCAUAAUGAAGGAGGUUGUCCCAGAUGCCGCAGGAAAUGAGAGAGCUAGAGUCUAAUCUACCGCUAACACUGCCACUAACAUUUUGUCUUAGGCAGCAGGUGUAACAUUAUGCUUUACACAUUGUGAUGAGACUCACAAGGCAUAUAGCACUUUUAAAAAUCUUUAUUUUAUGAUGUGUAUGUCCAAUGAGAAUGAAACUUGAAAGAAUGUGUCAUUUGCAGAACAUUUCUUCGUUCUUCAACCCAUCCAUUCUACUAGAACGUAAGCCUCUUGCCUUAUUUAAAAAAUAAAAAUAAAUUCCAAUGCAUGAUUUCCAACACAUGCCCCCAUUAUCCUACUAAACAUAACACUAAAAAUCUCCCUCUUUGGCUUUCCUUUGAGGAGCAAUUCUUUUUGAAGGAUAUUGCACUCGUGACAUGUGGAUGUGUACAAUGUUCAUUUUCAAUGAAUAAGGGUUUCAAUGCUCUAUUUUAGGGAUUGGUUUUGCUUUUUUGCUUUGUUUUUAACAGGUCAGACCAUCAACAAAUCUCCGUAUAUAUACCUAACGUAACUGUCAUUCCAGACCAUUGGUAAAAGGUUUGCUGGUAUACUGGUGAAAAUGUGAGCUGUUGUGGAAGAAAGAUAUUUAGUCAAUACAGAUGAAAUUGGUUUUCUUUCUUUAGUACUGUGUCACGUGUGAAUUACCCAAGAAUUUGACAUUGUGAGAGGAGGUGCUAAGAUGAAAAUUUAGGAAGUAAGUAUUGCAUUAAGUGGAUGAAUUAAAAAAAAUACUUGCCUGUUUUAGUCCUGAUGUGAUGCAUUAUAUGGUCAGAGAAUAGCUUUGUCUGUUGCUUUGAGUUUGGGACUGGCUAUUUAAUCUGUCAGCCUUAAUGAAAAGAGGGACAAUUUUAAAAUCUGUUUGCAGAGCUUUAGACAGACUUGCCCAAAGCCUGGGAUGUCUGCUGUCAAUUCACUUGUCCAAUUUGCUUCACUGUCCAGCUUCAAGCUCUUGUUCAACCAAAGUCUCACAUCAGUGUGACUGGAGUGGCCACAAAGCCCCACUGAAACUCAGUACACGAGGCUUUUGUGUAUGAAUGCUAACUUUCUCUACCUGAGCCCAAUCUAAAUCUCUGUAAAGUCAAUGAUAAUUUCCUGAAUGAUGUCUAUAGGAAUCUCCUGGACUUCUCUGCUACGUAAAAGCCUCUACUUACUUGUUGAGAUACUGAAUUAAAUCCCUAGGUCCAGUUCAGGUUUUGCGUUAUCCUUUUCAAGUACAACAUCACUGGGCAUGACUUUUUCAUAAUAAAAGUGGUUGCUUUAACAUA